CUGCUGGCUUCCGCGUCUCCCUCUUGCGCGCAGUCACCAUGGCGGCUCGGCGAGACGCGGCGUCCGCCUGCAGCGCGGACGCCUUCCAGUUGCGGCACAUGCACCUGGCGCUACGCGUGGCCUUUGGGCCGGCGGGCUCCGGGCACUUGCAAGGCUCAGUCCGCCUGGAGCUGACGUGCCUGCGGGACCGCGCCAGCGAGCUGGUGCUGGACUCGCACCCCAGCGUGGAGGUGGAAAGUGCCGGGCUAGCGCCGCCGGGCAGCCCCUGCGGCGGCGGCGAUGGAGAGACCGGCCGCGAGCCCGAGGCGCUGCGCCCGCUCGCCUUCCAGGACCGCCCGUUCGCCAGCUACGGCUCCGCGCUGCACCUCACCCUGCCCGAGCCUCUGACGUGCGGAGACACGGUGGUGCUGGAGAUCGCUUACCGAGCCGGAGGGGGACCAGGGGUGUGUUGGCUUACUCCCGAGCAGACUGCAGGGAAGCAGAAGCCCUAUAUGUACACUCAAGGCCAAGCUGUUCUGAAUAGAUCCUUUUUCCCUUGCUUUGACACCCCUGCAGUUAAAAGUACAUACUCAGCUCUGAUAAAGGUCCCUGAGGGUUUCACAGCAGUGAUGAGUGCUAUUACCCAGGAGAAGCAGAAGGACAGCACUUUCCUCUUCAAGAUGCCUCAGCCUAUUCCAUCCUAUUUGGUUGCCCUGGUUGUUGGUGACAUAGUUUCUGCGGAAGUGGGACCCAGGAGUCAUGUGUGGGCUGAGCCCUGCCUCAUUGAUGCAGCGAAGAAAGAAUACAAUGGUGUGAUUGAAGAGUUUCUUACUACUGGAGAGAAGCUUUUUGGGCCAUAUGUAUGGGAAAGGUAUGAUGUUCUGUUUAUGCCACCUUCGUUCCCGUUUGGAGGAAUGGAGAACCCCUGCAUCACCUUUGUGACUCCCUGCCUGUUGGCUGGGGAUCGUUCUCUGGCAGAUGUGAUCAUCCAUGAGAUCUCACAUAGCUGGUUUGGAAAUCUAGUCACAAAUGCUCAUUGGGGAGAGUUCUGGCUGAAUGAGGGCUUCACCAUGUAUGCACAGAGGAGGAUCUCUACAGAACUCUAUGGUGCUGCUUACACUUCCUUAGAAGCUGCUACAGGGAGGGCUUUGCUUCGUCAACACAUGGACAACACUGGGGAAGACCAUCCUCUCAACAAGCUCAGGGUGCAAAUAGAGCCAGGUAUUGAUCCUGAGGACACCUAUAAUGAGACCCCUUAUGAAAAGGGCUAUUGCUUUGUGUCCUACCUUGCCCAUCUUGUUGGAGACCAGAGCAAGUUUGAUGCUUUCCUACAGGCUUAUGUGAACGAGUUCAAGUUUCAAAGUAUCACAGCUGAUGACGCUCUGGAGUUCUAUUUGAAGUAUUUCCCAGAACUGAAGAUUCAAGGGGUGGAUACCAUUCCAGGUUUUGAGUUUGAUCGGUGGUUGAAUGUGCCUGGUUGGCCCCCCUACCUUCCUGACCUUUCACCUGGGGAGGAGCUGAUGAAGCCAGCUGAGAAACUGGCAGAACUGUGGGCAUCUGCCAACCCUAACAUGGAGGCCAUUAGAUCAGUAGAUAUCUCUGCUUGGAAAACCUUCCAGCUGGUCUAUUUCCUGGAUAAGAUCUUGCAGAAGUCCCCCUUACCAGAUGGGAACAUUGAGAAGAUGAGUGCUUUGUACCCCAAGAUCUCGAAAGCACAGAAUGCAGAGCUGCGUCUUCGUUGGUGCCAGAUUCUCCUCAAGAACAAUCAUGAGGCUGAAUUUGGCAAAGUGAAAGACUUCCUUCACAGCCAGGGAAAGCAGAAGUAUACCCUUCCCAUCUACAGGGCCAUGGUGAGUGGUUCAGAGUCUUCCCAGGCAUUGGCCAUGGAGACGUUCUCCGCCACUGCUUCACAACUGCAUGUUAACGUCCAGAACUAUGUCAAAAAGAUCUUGGGGUUGAAGAGUGACAGAAACUAAGAAGAAAGCCGCAACACCAAAGCAGUUUAACGUUUGAGCUUCAGCAAAUGUCUGUAUGCAAUGUGGAGAGUUAAAGGGCAGGGGAAGAGGAAAGAAGAUGCUUGCUAUCAAAACCUAUUUCCAGGGUUUAUGGGAUGGGGGCAGGUCCCACAGUCUUUGGAGUCCUAUAUUAAAAAACAAAACACGUUUCAUUAAAUGCUGGAAAAUUCUGAGGCUUCCUAGGAAGUGAAGCUUCCUCAUGGAAAACCUGCUGGUUUAAAAAAUUUCUUUUCUUUUUUAAAGUUUGUAAAUGUAAACAAAAUGAUAUACAAAAGAUUUCUAUGUAUAUGUUUCCAAAAUGGCAAAAUUAAAUGCACUAGUAACAUU